AUGUCCUCCCCAUCUUGUUCCAAUAUUGAAUAUCGAUAUGCAUUCCUUCAUGGAUUUGCCUCAUCACCUCAAACUGAGAAGGCUGUUCAUUUGAAACAAUUUAUGGAAGAUAAAUAUAAUAUUGAAAUGGUGUGUCCCGAUUUGAAUGUACCAACUUUUGAAGAUCUUACCGUCACAAAUAUGUUAAAUUAUUUAAAGGAGGAAAUUUUCAUUGUUCGGGAUGGUGAGAAAAAUAUUAAAUGGAGAGUGGUGGCUAGUUCUCUGGGAGGUUUUACUGCAUGUAGAUUUGCACAACUUUAUCCUGGUAUUAUUGAUUCACUUCUCUUAUUAGCUCCAGCAUUUGACAUUCAAGGAGUUUGGCAAUCUUUCAUUACACUUGAAAAAUGGGAAAAAUUAGGAGCUAUUCCAGUAUUUAAUUACAAGUAUAAUGAGAAUAGAAAUAUCAAAUCCUCACAUUUGAAAGAUUUGUUGGAGCAUCCAAUAUUCCCUUUACCAAAAGAAUUGUUGAUUAGAAAGGAUGAUCAAGAAGGCAAUCAACGAGUUUUCAUCAUUCAUGGAAGUGAAGAUAAAGUUAUUCCUUAUGGAAAUAGUUUGAAAUUCGUAAAAUCAAUUGAAGAAAAUGGAUUUUCUGAGAGGAGUGUUGAAAUUUCUCAAGUUAAGGAUGGACAUGGCUUGAUUAAGGAAGAAUCUUUACAAUUAAUGGAAAAGUACAUUACAGAAAAGUGGAUGACCAAUCAUUAA